AUGGCAUCAUCAGGUUCUCCAGACAGACAAUGGUGGAAAGAAGCUGUCGUCUACCAGAUCUACCCUGCGAGUUUUCUCGAUUCCAACAAUGACGGACUUGGUGAUGUUCCAGGCAUUGUCUCGAAGCUGGACUACAUCAAGUCCGUUGGCGCCACAGCCAUCUGGCUUUCUCCAAUCUUCAAGAGCCCUCAAAAUGACAUGGGCUACGACAUAUCCGACUAUCGCGACAUCCACAGACCAUACGGCACAGUUGCGGACGCAGAGAACUUGAUCAAGGGCUGCCAUGAGAGAGGCAUCAAGAUUCUUUUGGAUCUCGUUGUCAACCAUACCAGCGACGAGCAUGAGUGGUUCAUAGAGUCUCGCUCAUCAAAGUCAUCGCCCAAGAGGGAUUGGUAUUUCUGGCGAGACCCCAAGAUCGACUCGAGUGGCAACCGUCAACCACCCAACAACUGGGCCUCCAUUUUUGGCGGUAGUGCCUGGACAUGGGACGAGCAAACGGGCCAAUACUACCUCUCGCUCUUCUUGCCCUCACAACCAGACCUCAACUGGACCAAUGAGGAUAUGCGUCUGGCUACUUACUCUGAUAUGGAGUUCUGGCUGGAAAGAGGCACUGAUGGCUUCCGGAUCGACUCGAUGAACCUCAUGUCGAAACACCCCGACCUGCCUGAUGCACCCGUAACACGGCCCGACUCGGAGUUUCAGCCCGGUGACUUGUACUAUGCCAGCGGUCCUCGGAUGCACGAGUACAUCCGGGAGAUGCGCGAGAAGGUGUUCGACAAGUACAACUGCAUGACUGUCGGUGAGCUGGGCUUUACCAAAGAUGAGAAUAGCGUUGCCGAGUACGUCGCCAAAGACAGACAUGAGCUCAACAUGGUCUUCACUGGAGACAUUGUGGACAUGGACUUUGGCGAGAACCACAAGUAUGAGCACGGCGAUUUCCGUCUCUCGAAACUCAGAACCAUCACCAACCUCUGGCAAAAAGCAAUGCUGAAGUGCGACGGCUGGAACGCGGUCUACUUUGACAACCACGAUUCUGGCCGCUCGGUCUCACGUUACGCAUCCGACUUGCCCCAGUACAGGAAAGAAGCCGCCAAAAUGCUAGCCAUCUAUAUGGGCACUCUGAGCGGCACACUAUUCCUGCUUCAGGGACAAGAGAUUGGAAUGGCGAAUAUCCCAGAGUCUUGGACGAUUGAGGACUAUGCCGACAUCGAAGGCCAGAACUACUACAACAGCGUGCUUCAAAAGAGGGGCAAAGACGCAGACAUGUCGGAUGUUUUGGCGGAGAUGAGACUCAAAGCGAGAGACAACGGGCGACUGCCCAUGCAGUGGAGCGCAGAAACACAUGGGGGUUUCACGAAGGGCUCAAAACCGUGGAUGCGUGUCAACGACGACUAUGGCGAGUGGAAUGUUGAGCGACAAGAGAAGGAUGAGGAUAGUGUGCUGGCGUUUUGGAGGCGAGUCUUGAGCCUCCGGCAGCAGGAGAAGGACGUUUUUGUUUAUGGCACAUUCUCUGAGGUUACGGAUCUUGAAGAGAGCGAGGAAGUGUUUGCGUUUACCAUGACAAGUCACGAAGAGAAGAAGGUACUUGUUCUCUUGAACUUUUCAGACAAGCAACAAAAGUUGGAGCUGCAGGGUUUUGGUGGAUGGAAGCAGCUACUUGGCACCAAUGCCGAGAGCAUCGGAGGGGGGAGCAUCACACUUCAACCGUACGAAGGCGUUAUUUACUCUAACUGGUAG